UAAGGUUAGCAUUACCGCUUCUCGCUCUUACUGAUUUUUCUGUCGGCUGUGGCUGCUUCCAUGGCAUCGUCCUCCUCCUGCUCCCUUGAGAGCUCCGUGAUAUUUUGAACUCCUGGUCGAGUCAAAAUCUCCUAUAUUUCUUUCUUUCUUGAUUAGUUUAAUAAAUAUCUCAAGAUGGUGAAGCACAACAAUAUCAUCCCGAACAUCCAUUGCCACAAGAAGUACCUUCAGUCUUCUCGUGGUCCCUUGAAGGUUAGGCUCAACUUGAACCAAGCCACACGAAAGAAGGCUCGUCGUUUGGCUCGGGCCAAGAAGGCUGCCGCCAUUGCCCCCCGUCCUCUGCAGAUGUUGAGGCCCGUGGUUCACUGCCAGACACAACGUUACUCCGCCAAGCAACGCCUAGGACGUGGAUUCACCUUGGCAGAAAUCAAGGGUGCUGGCCUGAACCCCUCCUACGCACGAAGCAUUGGAAUCGCUGUGGAUCAUCGCCGUUCCAACAAGUGCCAAGAGUCUCUGGAUCGCAAUGUGGCUCGAUUGGAAGAGUACAAGAAGAACUUGGUCGUUUUGAAAAAGAAGGACGAUGCCGCUCCUACCGAGGGUAUUGUCAGCCGUGGCAAUAUCAUGCCUGUUGUCAAGCCCGCUCACGAGGUUGUCGUGGAGGCUGUUACCGACGAAAUGAAGGAAUUCAAGGCAUUCACCACGAUGCGUUUGGCUCGACAAGAAAGCAAGGUAAAGGGAUACCGCGUCGCUGUAGAAAACAGAAAGAAGAAGGAUUAAAUCAUUCAACAGACGUAGUAGAAAUGCAGCAGGAUCACCCAACUUUAAUACUAGGAAUAAGUAUAGAGUCAACGAACUUAGGUAG